AUGCUUUCAACUUCGCUUCACCUACAGCAGUGGGAUAUCCCAGUCAUGUGUUCUCAAAAUCUGGAUCAGUUACAAGAUGCAUGGGAAAGAAUACAAGCUAAGGGAUCGUGGCUGAAGUUUGAGAGUUUCCGGGACGCGUCUUUGAAAUGCGCGAUUUCGCUUUCGAAACUAAUCAAACCCUGCGCUGAACUGGGCGUAUUUAUUGACGCAGCAGCAACAUUUGAUUUGGCAAAUGUGCUUUGGGACCAGGGGGAGAUGACAACCUCAAUCCAGAUGUUACAACAGCUUAGUGAGCAGAACGACCUCCAGAAUCAAUCUAUUGCAGUGAACAAGGCGGAGAUUUUGGCUAGUCUAGGUCGCCAUGUUGCGGAAGCUAGGUUACAAAAGCCGGAUACGAUUAUGCAGGAAUAUCUUCUUCCCGCAAUAAAAGAGUUAAAGGGUAAAUCCGAAGGGGAGGAAGCUGGGCGGGUAUUCCAUGAAUUUGCAGUUUUCUGUGACCAACAACUUCAGAAUCCAGACAGCCUGGAAGAUUUCAGGAGAAUUGAACAAAUUCGUCAUCGAAAAGAGAGAGAAGUAUUAGAUCUCGAGCAAAUGAUAGAGUCGGCAAGAAACAAAGAGAGAGAGUCACUUCUGAUGCACAUAUCCAGAGCGAAACAAUGGUUUGAACUGGAUGACAAAGAGUACCAGCGGCUGAAGGAGAGUCGGGUAUCUUUCCUCCGGCAGUGCCUAGAAAAGUAUCUCCUUUCCUUGAAGGCAUCCGAUAAGUUCAAGAACAAUGUCCUACGGUUCUGUGCUCUCUGGUUAGACAAUUCGGAGAGCGAAGCAGCCAAUGGUUCUGUCGCAAAAUACAUUAACGCUGUGCCCAGUCGGAUGUUUGCGCCAUUGAUGAAUCAAUUAUCGUCGCGUCUGCUUGAUGUUGAGGAUAGUUUCCAGCCGCUGCUAGCAAAUCUCAUUUUCCGGAUUUGCAGGGAACAUCCAUACCACGGAAUGUAUCAGAUAUUUAACAGCAGCAGAUCCACGCGUGGUAGAGACCAUAUGGGCACUUCCCGAUACCGAGCCGCCAAUAGCUUAGUUGACCGUCUGAAAGUAGAUCCAAAGGCGUGUGCUACGUGGCUCACUCUACACAACACAAACGUCAUAUACGUGAGGUUUGCAACGGACAGGCUAGACAAUGGACUAAAGAGCGGUUCAAAGGUUGCACUUAGAAAGACGGUCGCCGGACAACGAUUAGAACAAGACAUCAGAAGACAGCGUAUUCCGCCACCAACCAUGAAAAUUGAUCUCCGGAUUGAUUGCGAUUACAGCCAAAUACCCCGUAUUGUGAGGUAUCUCCCGGAAUUCACUGUCGCAUCUGGUGUCAGUGCUCCCAAAAUCGUCUCCGCUAUCGCUUCAGACGGGCUUUUGUAUAGACAACUCUUUAAGGGAGGGAAUGAUGACUUGCGGCAAGAUGCCAUUAUGGAACAAGUCUUUGAACAAGUCAGUGACUUGUUGCGAGAGAAUCGGGCUACCCAGCAGCGCAACUUAGGCAUCAGAACAUAUAGAGUGCUGCCUCUAACUACGGGUGCGGGAAUCAUCGAAUUUGUGCAAAAUACAAUUCCAUUAACCGACUAUCUAAUGCCCGCCCACCAAAAACAAUUUCCCAAAGAUAUGAAGCCCAACGCCUGUCGGAAGCUUAUCAGCGAUGCGCAACAAAAAUCAUUGGAGAAUAGAGUAAAAGUUUUCCGUGAGGUAAUAAACCAGUUCCACCCGGUCAUGAGGUUCUUCUUUAUGGAGAGGUUCAAAGAGCCAGACGAUUGGUUUAGCAAACGGCUUGCGUACACACGAAGCACCGCUGCCAUUUCCAUGCUGGGUCAUGUGCUCGGCUUGGGCGAUAGACAUGGCCAUAAUAUCCUACUUGAUGAGAAGACGGGUGAAGUAGUCCAUAUCGAUCUAGGAGUAGCCUUUGAACAGGGACGCGUCCUACCAAUCCCCGAGGUGGUGCCUUUCCGUUUGACUCGUGAUCUCGUUGAUGGUAUGGGCGUGACCAAAACAGAGGGAGUUUUCAGGCGAUGCUGCGAAUUCACCCUUGAAGCUCUGCGCCGAGAGUCAUAUAGCAUUAUGACGAUUCUCGACGUUCUUCGUUAUGACCCCCUUUACAGUUGGUCGUUGUCCCCACUGCGUAUCAAAAAAAUGCAAGACACCCAGGAGGCCGCUGAGGGCGCGGCUCACGUCAAUGAAAGCGGCAAGAGCAAGAACCCAAAUGAGCCGAGUGAGGCUGAUCGAGCCUUGACAGUUGUUGCAAAGAAGCUUGGGAAGACGCUUAGUGUCGCCGCUACUGUUAAUGAGUUGAUUCAACAGGCGACAGAUGAACGGAAUCUUGCUCUUCUGUAUUGCGGUUAG